AUGAAGGUCAUCCUGCAGCGUGUCCUGUCGGCGUCCGUGACCGUCGACAAGGAGAUGAUCUCGUCGAUCGGCAAGGGAGUCUUGGCCUUUGCGGCCGUGGCCCCUGGGGAUACAGAGAAGGAAGCCGAUCUCAUGGCCGCCAAGGUCUUGAGGAUGAAGUUGUGGGAUGAUGAGGAGGGCGUCAAGUGGAAGAAGAGUGUUGGUGAUAUUGGCGGCGAGGUUCUCUGCGUGUCGCAGUUCACUCUACUGGCCAGCACAAAGAAGGGAGCCAAGCCUGACUUUCACGGCGCAGCCAACCCGGAGGAAGCGCGCCGGCUAUACCACUACUUUGUGCAAAAGGUCAAGGCUGGGUACAUGGAGGAGAGAGUCAAGGAUGGCCAGUUCCAGGCGUGGAUGGAGGUAGCACUCGUCAACGAUGGACCGGUCACUCUUGAGCUGAAGAACGGCGCCAAGACGGAAUAG